AUGCCAGGCUGUCCGGAGUAUAAGGACCGGGCCUGGUCUCAGCUCCGUCCGGUGCGCUUCCGCCCAGGCUGUGAGCCUUGGAGCCCCUUGUCCUCAAAGGCCCUGCUAGCGGAAGAUCGGGACACCGACAGUGAGGGUGGCCACACACUGCAUUCCAGAACAGAGACAACGCCAUCACCCACCAAUAGUGCUGAGAAUGGACAUGCAAGAUACAUCGCGUAUGCGCUUGUCCCUGUAUUCUUCAUCAUGGGUCUUUUUGGCGUCCUCAUCUGCCACCUGCUUAAGAAGAAAGGGUAUCGUUGUACGACAGAAGCCGAACAAGACGUCGAAGAGGAAAAGGUUGAAAAGAUAGAACUGAAUGACAGCAUGAAUGAAAACAGUGACACAGUUGGGCAGAUUGUCCACUAUAUCAUGAAAAAUGAAGCAAAUGCUGAUAUUUUAAAGGCGAUGGUAGCAGAUAACAGCAUGGUUGAUCCUGAAAGCCCUGUGACCCCCAGCACUCCUGGGAGCCCACCUGUGAGCCCCGGCCCUUUGUCACCUGGGGGCACGCCUGGGAAGCACGUCUGUGGCCACCAUCUACACACAGUGGGCGGUCCUGUGGAGAGGGACGUGUGCAAUCGGUGUAGGCACAAACGUUGGCACUUCAUAAAACCCACCAACAAGUCCAAAGAGGGCCGGCUAAGGCGCCAAGGAGAAGUCACCGUCCUGUCAGUUGGCAGGUUUAGAGUUACAAAAGUGGAACACAAGUCCAAUCCGAAGGAGCGGCGGAGUUUGAUGUCCAUUAGUGGGAUUGAAAGUGUGAAUGGGGAUGUACCUGUGACCCCUGUGAAGAGAGAACGGAGUGGCACCGAGUAG